UGCAGUGGCACUAGCUUUGCAGAUUGUCAAACUGCGGGGCGAGUAGCCGCCGAGGGGACGUAAACCCAAUAAUCGGUGCCACAGGGCCAACUAUCAGUGCGGCUCCAGUAUAGAAAUCUGACACGAGCAUACAUGCGCACUGCAGUCUAUAGUCAACUCGAGUCUCCUCCGACCGAGCCACAUGCAGCAGUACCUAUCAAGACUUCAGCCUUCCCCAGUUCCUGUUUCCGCCGCAGCUUUUUCCACCCGAUUUUGGACCAAAACAUUGCCGCUGCAUCAGACUCCAACUUCGUCAGGCCCCAUCGCUCGGAGCCCGCGGAAGCCUGGUGUGUCAAGUGAAGGAGCCAGGCCAAACACAUGAGGUAAGCUGGACAGACAGGAGGAAGCCGGAGGAAGACGUGACACGUAUAGACCAGGGGCAACCAGCAAGGGGCUAGGAGUGGAACGAUAACCGACACCUUCACGAAAGCGAGAGGUGGAGCCCUCAGCAGGACAGGGCAGGAACAACAGCAAGGGGCGUUGGUCUGUGAAAGUCAUGCUCUAGCACAAGGAGAGGGGGCUGAUCCUCACCAGAGAUACACUCGUCUCCCCAAAAAACCCUCCUCUCUCUCACCACCUCCCUCCCACUGCCCCUGCACUGCGGUGCCAGUGAGGAUGCCCAGGCGGCUAUUGUGACGGGGUCGCGACGGUGUGUGUAGGCAGGCAGGCUGAGCUACGAUGCGGCCCUGGGCGGGCUCCUGGCGCUGGGUCACCCUGGUACUGCUGGCGUGGGGCACGCUGCUCUUCUACAUCGGGGGCCACCUGGUGAGGGACAGUGAGCACCCAGAGAGGUCCAGCAGAGAGCUAUCCAAGAUCCUGGCCAAGCUGGAGCGCCUCAAGCAGCAGAACGAGGACCUGCGACGCAUGGCUGAGUCCCUCAGGAUACCUGAGGGCCAGGUAGAAGAGGGAGGGGCCCUGGCUGUGGGGAGGCUACGCUCCCUGGAGGACCAGCUGACCAGAGCCAAGCAGAAGAUCCACAGCUUCCAGAGACUGACCGGAGAUGGUCCAGGCCCAACCCAGGAGGAGCUGAGGCGGAGGGUGGAGAACGGUGUGAGGGAGCUCUGGUACUUUGUCCGCAGCGAGGUGAAGAAGCUGGGCCACGUGGAGGCUGGGGAGAGGCCCAGACAGGCUGACACCCUGAUACAAGACCUGGGACACCAGCAGAGGUCUAUCAUGACAGACCUGUACUACCUCAGCCAGGCUGACGGAGUCGGAGACUGGAGAGUGAAGGAGGCCAGGGACCUGUCUAACCUGGUGCAGAACAGGAUCACCUACCUACAGAACCCUCAGGACUGCAGUAAGGCAAGGAAGCUGGUGUGUAACAUCAACAAGGGCUGUGGCUACGGCUGUCAGCUGCACCACGUGGUCUACUGUUUCAUGAUCGCCUACGGCACACAGCGCACCCUCAUCCUGGAGUCCUACAACUGGCGCUACGCCACGGGCGGCUGGGAGACCGUCUUCCACCCCAUCAGCAACUCCUGUACUGACCGUACCGGGGUGUCUAUAGGACACUGGUCAGGUAGGCAUGGUGAGGCCCAUGACAAGGACAUCCAGGUGGUGGAGUUACCCAUCGUGGACAGCCUGCAACCCCGCCCCCCCUACCUGCCCCUGUCCAUCCCUGAAGACCUAGCCCAGCGCCUCCACCGGCUCCAUGGUGACCCGUCCGUGUGGUGGGUGUCUCAGUUUAUCAAGUACCUGGUCCAUCCUCAGGCCUGGCUGGAGAAGGAGAUCCAGGAUACCACAGCCAAGCUGGGUUUCAGGCACCCCAUCAUAGGGGUCCAUGUUCGGCGGACAGAUAAGGUGGGGACGGAGGCAGCAUUCCACCCUAUAGAGGAAUACAUGGUUCACGUGGAGGAACAGUUCCAAUACAUGGCCCGACGCAUCCACGUGGACAAGAAACGAGUCUACCUGGCAACAGAUGACCCAUCACUACUGCAAGAGGCUAAGACCAAGUACCCAGACUAUGAGUUCAUCAGUGAUAACUCCAUCUCAUGGUCAGCCGGUCUGCACAACCGCUACACCGAGAACUCUCUUAGAGGAGUGAUCCUAGACAUACACUUCCUGUCACAGACCGACUUCCUGGUCUGCACCUUCUCCUCACAGGUGUGCCGUGUGGCCUACGAGAUCAUGCAGACGCUGCACCCAGAUGCCUCCUCCUUCUUUCACUCACUAGACGACAUCUACUACUUCGGGGGCCAGAACGCCCACAACCAGAUCGCCAUAUACCCCCACCAACCCCGCAGCCCAGAGGACGUACCCCUGGAGCCCGGUGACAUCAUCGGCGUGGCAGGGAACCACUGGGACGGCUACUCGAAAGGGGUCAACCGUAAAAUUGGGCGCACCGGCCUCUACCCGUCCUACAAAGUGAAGGAGAAGAUCGAGGCCGUAAAGUACCCCACGUACCCCGAGGCGGACAAGCUGCUCUCAAACUCUCAACGGAAGUGAAGAAGAAAGGGAAGGAGGAAAAGAGAGAGAGAGAGACAGAGAGACACUCAGAAUCAGUUACACGUUGCGAACAGAGAGAACAGUGGAAAGGGGUAAAGAGAUGGUGGUGAUUAGACUGCACUGAGAGUGUGUGUGUGUGUAUAUGUGUAUGUGGAUCUGUAAGUUGCGGAAUCUUGCACCUGCCACCACCCCGUCCCGAUGCACACAGAUGGGUUAUGUAGAGAAAUAGGAAUGAACAUUGAUUUCAAACGAGCCUGAAAACAAUUAAAGGUCCGUAGCCGACAACGCUCACUCUCCAAGGCGGACUGGGAAUUGACUAUCCAAUCAGGGCAAGCCUUGGAUCGAUAAAAAUAAUAUUUGAAAAGCCUUGGAUCGAUGACUGGAAAACAAUUAUAAACUAGAAAAAAUAACUUGUUUUCAUUUUUAUUAAAUUAUUUUUUUGUUUUAAA